AAUAUGCAAAGAAUUGAUAUAAAAUAAAGUUCGUUACGAAGAAAGAAGAUUAGGUAUUAAUAAAUAUUCUGACAUCAUGACAAUUUAUACAAUUAGCGAUAUAAUGCUAAAAUAAAGUACCAAAGUCAAUCGUAUUUUUUUUCGACAAUCCGCGACUAAAAAACUUUUUUUUUAUCGUCACACUUAUUGUUACGUUAUUAAAAUGUUAUAUUUAUUAGAUAAUAAAGUAAGGUAAUAAGCACCGUUAAUUAUGCAAUUCUUUAUGAACUCUUAAUAUUUAAAUCUGGGACUAAUUGCAAUAUAUAAUUACAGGCUUUUGCAAUUUUCAUGAUAUGUUUUAUAGCAGUAAUUAUGAAAUAAAUAAAAGAUGAUGCUAAAAGUAUACACAGAGGAAUAGUAUACAAAAUAUAUACUUAUUAAUUCUUUGAAGUACAGGAUUUUACAACAAACAAAUUCCUUGUUGCACAGAAAUGUUUUAUUUUUAUAAAAUGUGACAAAGUAGUUUUAUUUUAAUUAUUUGGAAUACACACACAAAAUAAUGAAAAAAAAAAAUAAAUUUCACUUAUACGAAAUAUAUAUUAUAUUGAAUUAUAGGUGGGACUCACGCGGAAUGUAAAUUUCUGUGCUUCUAAUAAUUUCACGAUUUAAAGGUGGCAUGAAUAAUGGUCUCGCCAUGCACGUUCAAACACUAAAAAAAAGUGGGACAUUUUUCAUACCACUAUGCUUCAAAGAGUUAAUGCACAUCGUGUAAAGUCGCCUGCUCGCGUUUGUCAACUAUCGACGUCGCUCCUGCCGUCAAUUCCCGUGCGAGUUAUGCAAACUUCGUACCGGUGUAAUGCAAGAUCUGCUUUUACAAUGACAGUAUCCCUGUGACGUAUUGUGUAAUGCUCCAUGGGAGAUUUAUGCAAAACAGCGCCGACAAUACCUCUAAGGAUGCCUCUGAUAUGACGCUAUGCGAACUAUUCUUUUUAUCGCGUUUUACAUCGCAGCUUACGUGGCAAGAGUUGCGGAUUGCGAGAAUACCGCCGCGAUGCCAGGUAAUCGUUUGAAUAAAAAACAAUUUAUUUGACACAAUAGAUCUCUUAUUUUUGUAAUUUUUCGAAAGAUUUCUCAUUAUGUUAAACACGUAUAAAGAAUAAGUGUUAAAAAUCAGAUAAAUAGCUGUGCAAUAGGUAAUCAUUUUUUUGUAACAUUAUUGCACAAGUUUCUCCUCAAAUGUCUGUAGGAAACAACGUGAAACGUAUCUUCGGACAAAGAACUAGUAGCAAAACUACGCUUGAUAAAAUGUUCGAUGCACCGAUCGACCAAGAGAUAACUCAAAAGGCACACGGGCGUAGCAGGCAAUCAUUUUUAAUGAAUCGAAUCGACGAUCUUUUACACAAUAGAAAUAUUUUAAAUAACAACGUAGCGCGAGUCAGGCAAAGUCCGCGGAGAAAGGAGAAACGUGCGAAGGAUCCGGGUAGCGAAGUUGCACUUCCAAAUGAGAACUAUGAGAACGAUGAAGAUGCUGAUGAGGGCAAUGAUUUAUUAGAUGCGGCGCGAUUACAAGGAUUUCCCAUCUGGCAAGUUCCGGAAUCGACGGUUGCUACAAUUAAUUUAAACUCUUUGAUCAGCCCGAUGACUACACAAAUAGAAAUGGUUAAUCCAUCAUUGUUCACGUUUGAGAAACCAUUACAAUUAGAGAAUUUAUACUCCGAUCGUUCUUGGAACGAAGCAAGAAUGCCCUUCUAUCAAAAUUCGCAAGAGACAUUUGGUAUAACUGUUUCUGAUAAAAAUUUGAUACUUCCCAAAAUCUCCAAUCCGAAAUUUAUAACUGAUCCCGACGCAAAAACCCGUGCCUUUAAGAAUUUAAAUAAUAAAGUACUAUUUCCUAUAUAUCCUGGAUUAUACGUUGGCAUAGAUUCGCCGAAUUUCAAUCGAUUUCAAAGAUCUCAGUGGCAAUACAGCGACUAUCAGCAAAAUUCUCCAGGUUCGCCUAACAUAAAAAAAGAAUCGCCUAAAAAUCAUCUAAUGAGUUCCGAGAGAAAAUUUAUGUUAAUACCGAUUUCUAAGGACUUGUAUGUUUUGAAGAAUGUAGAAGAUACUAUUCGAACAGACGCAGAUAAAAUAAUUCCGAAGCAAGUAUAUAAAUUACCAGUGGGAAAUAAGAAUAAUGCUACUUCGGCUAUAGUCUCGUUUAAAGCGCACAUGCAUCAUGAUGUGGAGGACGUGGGCAGAGUAUAUCUUCAGAAAAAUUUAUACAAUCACCAUUUGUUCGAUAAUAAUGGGAAUUAUUUAUAUUCCUAUCCUGAUUCUCGUGUUUCCGAGGAGAACCGAAAUCCUAUGGAAAGUCCAGCGUCAUUUUAUCCUAAUUUAUUCUAUCCCGGUAUUACUUCUCCGGCUCAUUCUAAUUCAAUCGAUACUAUUACUGAAAUAUCAAUCGAGCAAAUUACUCCUCGUAUUCCGGAUUAUGAGACUUAUUCCAUGGAUAGCGCGGUUAAGUCAGACGAUAGGAUUGAGUCUUAUAACUCUACGUUUCUACCGACGUCGUCCUCCUUCCUCAAGGUUCCUAAUUACGAUAUACCUUUGUAUUCUGAGGAAAACGCGAAUUAUCCGCCGAAUAUUUCGCCUGCGAUAAAAUUGGACGAAAUAAAUUCGUUUGAAUCAAAUAGCAAAAGUUGCGAAAACUUUCUGACAUAUAAAGAACUUGGUGUGGAAGUGACGACUAUUGAUUUCCGAAAUACUUUUGGCAUAUUCGAUGAUUUAGAUACACUAGUUACUUCGGAAAACGUUAAAAUGUACUCAACAAAUGUGCACGAAGGGGUAUUCGAUCUAACACAAAGUACAGAAGAUGAAUCUAAACUUCUCAUAGGAAAUGAAAAUAAAGAUAGAACAGAUUUCGUGGAUAAAAUGUCGACGCGAUAUGGAUCUACUUUGGACGCAUCUCCAAAAGAAGACAAUACUUCUUUUUUGGAUGUUAUUAAUUUCAGUAAUGCUAAAAAUAUUUUAAAUAAUUAUGAUAAUUUAGUUCAAGAUAAUCAAGCACCAAGAACUUCAAUUUUAAGCGAAUAUAGUGAUAAGAAAUCAAGUAACAAUGUUAAUCAUUACAAUAGAUUUAUGGAUAAAAUAUUGUUUAAUGAUUACGCUACCAAAAUCGAUUCAUUUCUUAAAACUGAAGAUACAAUAUCUACAUCAUUUCUUCCUGAUACAGAUGAAUGGACAUUAAAGAAAGAGCAAUCCAAUACAGAAAACCCACGUACUUUACUCAUGGCGAUUAAACCAUUGUCUGCAGAAUUACAAAAAUUGUUAAACGCUGUUAAAUUAUUUAAUCAGAGCAUCAGUGAUGUGCAAAACAAAUUAUGCGAUAAAAAAAACGUCACAUCAGCAAGAGUAGAGCGAGAAAAUAAAAAGAAGAAAACAAAUAUUACCAAUCCUACUAGCAAUUUAGAUUAUUAUAAGUCUGAUCUUUCUGCAGGAAGUUUUGACAAGCAAUUUUGGAAAAGCAAAAGACGGAACUCAAUAUCAAAAGAUAGAAAUAUAGUGGAUCGAACAUCUCAUAAUAUAAAAUUUAAAAGAGAAACUAAAGACUAUGUUCGCUUUCUAAAUAAAGUAACGGCACCGUUGCGUAAAUACGCGAGCUCUGAUAAUAAAUUAAAAAUACAAAAUGAUCGUAGAAGCUCUUUCAAAAAUAUAAAGUUGGGUAAGAGAAAAUUGUUUAAGUCAGAUAACGCCGAGAAGUAUAAAUCGUCUCAUUCGAGAUUUAACAGAAACUUAAAAUCAUUGACAAAAAGUUACGGAAAGCAAGUUAAACCAAUCCGACGCUUUAUUAAAUUCAGAUUAAAAAAGGCAUAUUCGACGACACCUAUUAUAAUAUUAUCACAUCUCAUCGGAUACAAUAUGUCAAACAAAAAUGACUUUUUAAAUAAACGCGCACAAAAUUUUCAAAGAAAUAAAUUAAUUUCUUCAUCACAUGAUGUGUCUUCAAAGUUUUUUAACAUGUUCACGGAUGAAGAUAGCAGAAGCUAUUUUUUAUCAAGUAAUAAACGGAAGCCAGUGCAACACAAUGUAAAAAGAGCAAUGUCAACAGAAAUGUACACUACCGAAAAAGGAAUAACGUUUUCUUCCGUUUAUAUACAAUUUUAUAAAGAAGCGACGGCUUACCGCGACAUACUUACACUGCUGAACAUGACCAAAGAAUCUCGUGUAGAACAUCUGACUGAUACUAUGUGGACUGCAGAAAAUGUGACAGAGCCGUUGUUAUUAAUGUUUACAACAACAGAAGUUCUUCAAAUUACAACAUUCUUGCCGUAUUUUAUUCAGGAACUAACGACCAUUGCUCCAAGUACAACAAUAAGAAAAACAAAACCUUUGGAAGCUACCGAAUCAGGUCUAUACGAGUAUGUAACGGAAACUGAUUUUGAGUAUGACAAAUAUGGUGAGGAUUACGAAGAAACAAAUUAUACGGGGAUGUACGAAGAUUACGAAUACGAAGAUCAUGAAAAUGUUACAUUUUGGUACGAUUAUACUACGGAGAAAAUUACGAGAAUAACUGAGAUCGAGCAAGUUAAUGCAACUAUUUUCAAGGAUUUUAUAUCAGAAUUUAUUAGCGAAACAGCGAGGAGUGUCGAAAUUACAGAAAAAAAAACAGAUUAUGCUGUAGAAAUUGAAACAUCGACAGAGGCAUUAAUACAGUACACAACAAUUGAAUACGUAUUUACCACAGGUUCAUUAAUUACAACGACUAUUUUCGAUAUUAUUGGAACACAAUUGCCGGUUACAUUAAGUGCAUUUACAAUAACAAUGCCAACUACACUGCCGCUAUUUUAUACGACAGAAAUAACAACUCUGCUAAUUGAUAAAAUGACGCUACUGAUCGAUGAAGCUACUGAAGAAAGUGUUACAAUAUCAAGAAUGGUAAGUCCUACUACGAUAAUUGAGACUGUCACCGCACGACCAACAGAAAAGCUUACAUCCGAAUCUGUCAUACUGUUAACUGCAUUUUUGGAAGGAAUUACAGACAUUACUGUGAAUAUUACGAUUCCUGCAGCUGUUAAAACUUCAAUCAAAGAGACACCGCCAUUAAUCACUAAAAUGAUUACUGAAAAAGAAAUUAUAGAAAGUACUUAUGGAAUUACGAUAAUUACUGUACUAACUACGCAACUUGCUACAAUAAAGCAAACAACUGAAACAUCGAUAACUCUCGCUACUAUUAGUGAAGUUACUAUUACAAACUAUACUAUUACAAGUUCGCCUACAAUCUCAACAAGUAUGGAGUCAACAAUUUCUAGUAUAUUUACAGAAAUUCCGAUAACUACUUCAAAACUAGAGGAAGAGAGCCCAAUAACGCAGAUUGAAGAAACUCUAACAGCACAAAUUACAGAAGCACCAACUAUGGAAAUUCCAAUAACUAGUAAAAUUCCAGUAUACACUAAAGCUACAAUAAGUACUACCAAAGAACUACCAGAAAUUUCAACAAUUCCAGAAACUACAACAAUUAUCAAAGCGCCAACAGUUACUAAAAUUUCAACCGCGACGAAGAUUUCAACAAUGAAAAUUACAACAACUUGGAUUACUACAGAGAAAAUCACCAUUGUAAAAGAAACGACGCCAACAAUUAUCAAAUUUUUAACAACUACAAAGAUUCCUAUUACUACAGAAACUCUAACACCAAUUGAGAUUGCGACAACUCCUGAAAUUCUAAAAACUACAACAAUUACCGAAAUUUUAACAACUAUUAAAAUUCCAACAACUACAGAAAUUCUAACGACGACUGAGAUUAUAACAACUGAGAUUCCUACUACAAGUCCAGCUACUGAAACUGCAAUUACAGAAACUACGACAAUUGCCGAAACUAUAACAACUAUUAAAAUUCCAACAACUACAGAAAUUCUAACGACUGAGAUUGCAACAACUCAGAUUGUUACUACAAGUCCAGCUGAAACUGCAAUUACAGAAACUACAACAAUUGCCGAAACUAUAACAACUAUUAAAAUUCCAACAACUACAGAAAUUCUAACAACUGAGAUUCCUACUACAAGUCCAGCUACUGAAACUGCAAUGACAGAAGCUACAACAAUUGCCAAAAUUAUAACAACUAUUAAAAUUCCAACAACUACAAAAAUUCUAACGACUGAGAUUGCAACAACUCAGAUUGUUACUACAAGUCCAGCUGUAACUGCAAUUACAGAAACUACAAUAAUUGCCGAAACUAUAACAACUAUUAAAAUUCCAAUAACUACAAAAAUUUUAAUGACAACUGAAAUCGCAACAACCGAGAUUACUACCGAAACUCCAACAAUUACUGAAACGUUAAUAAUUACUACAAUUCCUACUACUAUAGAAACUCUAACGCCAAUGGAGAUGAAGAUAACAAGUACUGAAGUUCCAACGUUUACAGAAACUGCAACAGUUGCUAAAACUUUAAAAACUAUUAAAAUUCCAACUACUACAGAGAUUGUAACGCCGAGCAAAAUUACAACAAGAGCCAAAUUUCCAAUAAUUACAGAAACUACAAUUGCUAAAACUUUAACAACAAUUAAAAUUCCAAUUACAGAAACUCUAACGCCAACCGAAAUUGCAAAAACUAUCGAAAUUCCAAUCGCUACAGAAAUUACAACAAUUAUUGAGGUGUUGACAACUACUAAAAUUCCAACUACUGCAGAGACUUUAACGCUGACCAAGAUUGCAACAGUUACCAAAAUUCCAAUGAUAACAGAAAGUACAAUAAUUACGGAAAUUUUAACAACUAUUGAAAUUCCAAUUACUACGGAAACUUUAACAUCAAUCGAGUUUGCAACAACUAUCAAACCUUCCACAAUUACAGAAACUACAAAAAUUAUUAAAACUGUAACAACUGCUAAAAUUCCAAUCACAAAAAUUACUAAGCCUAUUGAAACAUCUAUCGAAAAUGUAACGACUGCAGAAAGUACUACAAUUACCGAAACUUUAAUAACAACUGAAAGUCCAAUCAUUGCAAAAACUUCAAUACCUAUUGAAAUUGCAAUAACUACCGAGAUUCCAACAACUAUAGAAAUAACUACUAAAAUUCCAAUCAUAGAGACAAGCUUGACAACAACAAUUGCCACGUUAUCGUCAAUUGAAAGAUCAGAAUAUAUAACGAUUCCAGAAACAACUACUAUGCUUACUUCGUUUACUGAAUCCGUCUUACCGGUGUUAACAACAACAGAAAUACCUGUGUCGACAUCAGAAAUUACUCCUAUAUUAUCAAAAACUGUAUCAGAAAUAGAAGAAUUUAUGACAACUAAAAGUUUAUUGGUAAUAUCUACCACAGGGAUCUCUACAACACUAUUUACUGAAACGACAGUCCAUCUUGCUAUUUCAACUUCGGCGGCCAUUGAAGCAAUGCCAGAAGUUGAAACGGAGUAUUAUGUAGCACCAGAGCCGUUAUACAAAGAAUAUGAAGAGUACGAAGAGUAUGAUACUGAGAUACCAACGAAUAUGUGGUACGAUUACGAAGAAUAUAAAAUUGAAACAAAGGAAACAAGUACUGUUACAUUGAGCACAGAAAAACAUAUGAAAUUGCCCGAAGAAAAGACCACACUAUUUGAUAAAGGUACAUCUUUGUAUGAAACCAAGAUUUCAGAGUUUACAACAUACUCAACAACUCCUGAGGUUACUUCAAUUUAUACCGAAUCAAGUUUAGCUACAACUAAUCUGAAAACGCCUUAUUUAUACACUGAGAAAGAGACUUCGACUGUUUUCUUAGAGACAACUGCAUCGACUGUUGUUGAAAAUAUAACAAUGAUCGAAGUGGAAUCUGAAUCUACGACGUCUAGUGUGAGUGAAAAGGAAGAAUCAAUAACGACUCGGAAAAGCUUAACUUUUGGUUCUACUGAAGAAUAUAGUCUUCCUUCUUCAACAGUUUUCAAAAUUUUGACGGAACCUUUGCCGCUUGAAUAUCCAACAAUUUCUUCUAGAUAUAUAGACAGACAUACGAAAUUCACGUUAGCACUCACAAAGCAUAUUACUCUACCCAAAUUCAUCACCAAGCCUAAAGAAGUCCCAGAAAUCAAGUUGGAGAAGACUACGACUAUGGAAGGACUUUUGAUUAAAGUUACUGAAAUAGAAAAAUUAACUUCUUUCUUCGUCUCACCAAUGCGAACAACUUUAUCGGAAGAAGAAGCUAUUAAAAUAGCAACCACGACUACCGAAUUUCCAGAAAUGGAAACAGCUAUUAAAACUGGUUUUGAAACUAUCGCCUGGACAACUAUUACAAUGCCGACUACGGAAGAAGAGGUUGUUCCACAUGUCACGCCGCUUAUCACUCCCAAAGCGGAAAUCAAAUUUGAACUUACUACGAGUAAAACUGUUGGGCGAGAAGAAGAGAGGAAGCAGUUACUGCAACGACUCGACGAUCUCAAGCAACAUGAGAAAGAAGUGGCAGAGAGAGAAGAAAAAUUGAGGGAGAAAGAACGACAAUGGCACAGAGAAAAGGAAGAACGUAAAAGGAUCAUGCAGUACGAAAGAGAGAGAACAGAAAAUGUUACUGUGAUCGCUAGCACAACUGCAAGCUAUGUUACAACUGCUACCACUAGUACUCUGACGACAGCUUUCAUAGAGACAAAUAUUACUACAGAAAGUUCAUCCCUGUCAACGACUCUAGAGAUUAAAAUCACAUCCCCUAUUCUUGAUACAUUUAUUACCACGCUGAAUUUUAGUUUGGAUGAAAUAAUUACAAUAUCAACCGAAAUAACUCCACUUUACACUAUAGAAGAAAUAAUGUCUGUAACCAUAGAAAAGGUAGAGAAAAUCGAAUUUUACACUACGGCAGAAGCUACAGCUAUGGAAUACACUACAGAAAGGACAGAGAAAAUGUAUACUACGAGUCCUAUAAUCCACACGCCACGUAUCACUACCUCUAUUGUGGAUUUAUAUAAUAUCAGUAUACCGUCAGUCGAAGCCGUUACCUCUUAUACCAUUGAAGAGAUGUAUACUACAAGUUAUGGGGUUGUCUAUUCAAGUGAGCCGUCACUUACUUUGCCUACGAUGAUAUCUGCUGGCCCAAUCUCUUUAGCCAUUGACGAAUUUAUUAGUGUACCUAUUACCACAUUUAGUAUGUACGAAAUCAGUGUAACUCCAAUGGCGACUUUAACUUAUACUACAGAAGAAAUAUAUACUAUAAGUUAUCCAAAGACUUACAGCAAAUCUUCAAUUAUCUCACCUAUAUUUACAAGCCCAAUUACAUUGACUACUGACGAGUUCAUUACUUUAUCCACAUUCAGUAAGAGGUUUGAUGAAGUUGGCAUAAUUUCAGUUACGACUCCUACUACUUUAGAAGAAAUAUACGUAACGGCUUAUAGUGAAUCUUCGUCCACUUCAGCAACUACUUUGACUACUUUAGUUGUUAGUACAAUCGUCGAGAUUGAAUAUAAAGAAAUAGAAAGUUUGGAGGAAGAAUUACGAAAGAAAGAACGCAAGUUAGAGGAAAGAGAAAAGCUGUUGCUAGAAAGAGAGAGACAACUGGAGGAAGAUAUAGCAGAAUUUGAAAGAUACAGGAAAGAAUUUGAAAAAGAAGAAAUUUACACUUCGACAACAUCGAUUGAAGAAUCGACUGCUUCCAUAAAUUUAACAACGCCAAUACCGCCGACGGAAAAGACUACUACAAAAUCCCAUUUAACGACAACGCAGAUUAAAAAGGCAACCGAGAAGAAAAAAUAUCAGACUACUACGAAAAUAAUGACAUCGUGGUUUAAGACUGCAAAGCAUGUUCCUGAAGAAAUUACACAAGAGAAAGAAGUAGAAAUUGUGACGAAAAGAAUAUGUUUAAAUGUUUUGGAAAAUAUAACAAUUCCCUUAGAUAAAAGUAGGAGAAACAUUGUAACCAAAAAAGUAUGCCUGCUAUAUUUUCCUGAGAAAAAUGAGGAGAACAUAGUCGGUCGAUUGAGCAGAAAACUUUUCGCUUUCCAAAAUAGAAAAAUUAGGAGAUCAAAUCUGAAUUUUCCGUUACGUUUUCGAUAUAACAGAAGACAAAGAAUGGUAGAAGCUACGCGUAAAAUUAGCAAUUUGCAGCUAUCACAUCAUGAAUGGAUGAGUAAUCAAAGCACAAAACCGCUGCAACAGUUUAAAGGUUUUACGCGAAUCUAUGAAAAAAUGCGUGAACCUUCUUCAAGAACUCUUAUUACUACUACGACCGAUGCACAAGAAAACAUUACUAACAAUUUUGAUAAUAAAAAUUUAUAUGAACGCCGUGUCCUCGAUUACUAUGAAAAUUUUAUUUCACCAACAACAAAAUCUAUGUUAGAAAAUGGGAAAUGCAGAAAUAAAAACGUUUUCUUCAGAUGUAAUUUAAGUUUGGAAAAAGGAAACAAUUGGUGGAGAAAUGACACAAUAAACGUUGAAAAAAGGGAAGCUUUUUCGAUGAAGAAAAAUACUCGAUCUUGGUCAAUGGAAGAUAAGGCCAGUAUUUCGAAUCAGAAAGAGGAAACUGCAACCAGCGAAGAGAAUAUUGGUGAAGUCGACAAUAGAUCUUACACGGUGAAUGUACUGCAUCUUGGCUAUAAUAAAGAUAAAGAGACUCAUGAACUGAUAUCUGUUAAACCAGAUAAGGAUGAAUUAAUAAUGAUAAUAUCUGAAUCACAUGAUGAUAAUUAUGCCACUGAAGAAAAUGAUAAAAUUCGAAAAAAUUAUUAUGAAUUUGAAGAGAAAGAUGACGUAAAAGAGCAGGACGAUGACUCGUCAGAUGAAAUAGAAAAAGAAAUAGAAGAGGAAAAUGAUUACGUCGAGGAUAUGCAUAUAUCACUUUUAAACAUUUUUGAUAUUGUAGAUUACAUGAAUUAUGAGGAACAUACUCCAUCAACACUGGCAUAUAAUAAAAACUUAUUAGACUAUAUAAAUCGAAGAACGACAGAGAGUAGUAUGGGACUGUUAGACCAAAUGUGGCCUACAGAAAAGAGUACGACGUAUCACUUGGGUGGUACUAGAUUUUGGGAAUUGGAUUUCGAAGUUACGGAACCAUUGGAUACACUUACGACGAUUGCUGAGAGCAAAACUAUAAAUGCAGCUAUUAUUAAAACAACGUGUUUCCACGUCGUUUUUGAAAAUAAAAGAAAUGGUACUAUAGAAACAAAGCGUUAUAUACAUCAUAAACGAAAUAUUCAUGAUAAUCAAAUGAAGAAAUCUAAUAAUCGACAAGAUACUAGUCUUAAAAACAUAACAGGAAAAAAUAUGUUGCUUUUCACUGCUUUAAGUACGAAACAGCCCAGCAUAAGAGCAAAGAAAUUAAAAAAUAAUUCGCAAAACUUAUGUGAAUCAAAACGUUAUAAGCAGAAUUUCAAUAGGAAACAGAAAGUGAAAUUUAAUGCAAAGUUUCCGCAUAAUAAGGAUCCAAUAAUUGUUAAAAAUCGCAAGUUAUGUGGUGUUAAUAAAAAUAAAUCGAAACAUCAAAUUAGCAAGCACAAAGAUAUUAUAAAUAUUAGCGACAGAGAUAAACAGAGACAACUUGGAAAAUCGCAGAAACCAAAGAAUACUGAUUCGUAUUCUUUAAAAAAUUGUACGGACAGUUGUAUCGUGAAUAAAAAAAAUUCAGAUAAAUAUCAUGAAGCAAAAAUUAUGAAAACUACAAAGCAUCAUUAUUCACAAAUAAAAAAUACCGACAAGAAUGACGUAAAAAUGCAUUCCAAUAUUAUUACCGAUCAUAAAAAUAAAUCCGCAUUGCACGAGGAAAAAAUUCACGAUUGUUUAAAUUGCAUUUGCGACAUCGUAAGCGUAAUUAAUAGCAUAAGAUCUAUAUUGGACAGAACAAGCUUUUCUUUAGAGGAAAUUAAGACACUUAACUGCAGCAGAUACAAAGAGAUUCAAGACAAUGUAGUGAUUUCAAUGGACUCCGACAUAGAAGAGGCUAAAACAUUUCCACAACCGCAUUACAAUACCGAUUCACUAAGAGGUCAAAAAUAUAUCAAGCUGGAGGAACUGGAAGAUGAUUUUAAAAACGAUUUGGAACUUGACAAUGAUCACGAUGUUAUUUCAUUACCCGGUCUUAAUCUUAACUUGCCCUGCAAUCAAGACGGCGACGGUAUCACUUGGCUGUCAAGUAUUAGUAGACCAAGUUAUUCAUGGAAAAGAACGGAUGGCAUUGCGCUUUUCGGUACAAUAUUGCAUGCUUCAGAUUCGAUAGAUACGAUAAUUAUUUUAUUAUUUGUAAAAUUAUGUUUUACAGGUUUUGUGGCGGAAAAUGGCGAUUUGGAGUUACAAAAUGUAAAUGCGAAAGAUACAGGUAAUUACACGUGCAUCAUGACAUACAUAGGCCCCGACAACGAGGAACCCGUGGAAACUACUUACAAAGUUCAUUUGCAAGUCGUCACGCUACCAAGAUACAUCCUGCAUGGCGAGAAACGUUACCACGCACGAUCUUGCGACGAAAGAGAGUUGGAUAUAAUAGUGACGUAUUUGCCUUUGAAAUUAAAUAGUUUCCUAUGCGAAAUGGACAUUUGCAAUACUUAUAUCAUAACGCCAUCCUGCUCCCGCAGCCAAAUUACGGUAAACGUUCUAAUAGUGCCAUCACAUAUCGUUAAACUGAUGACGAUCGAUCCCAAACACUGCAAUGUCUUCUGUCUUAAAGCUAUCCAGGACAAGCUCUCACUGAUACUGAGUAGAAAUUUGCGAGUCUUCUUCAGGAAAACUAUUAUUUUCAGAUUGCCACAUUAUGAGCAGAGAUUGGUGCCGAACUCUGAAAGACUCUCGUUCGCACGUUGGAAGAGAGGAAGGACCGGUGCAAACGUGUUCGGCGAAGGAUCCAGCAACGUCGGCUUGUUCUCCGGCUGUCCGGCUGGAUACGGUCUUCGUGGUACGCAUUGUGUUCCUUGUAACGUGGGCACUUAUAGCGAGGAUGGAAUAUCACAUUGUAAAAUAUGUCCGCCUGGUACAUAUCAACCCAACCAUGGUGCCAGAGUUUGUCGUACGUGCACUAGUCCAUUGACGAAGGGCUGUUACAAUAUGCUCUGGAAUUCUUUCUCAGCCAUCACGGUAACUUUGGCAAGCCUUAGCGUGAUGAUAUCGAUAUUCUUGCUAUUACUGUGCACAAUUUGCUGCAUCAAAAAGAAACUCGGCAUGAAGCAAGUGGCCAGUAUCAUAUCGAAGGAAGGCAUGUUUCAACAAGAGAAACACAUUGAGGAGAAACCAUUAAUUAAGGACGCGAGUGAGAAUGAUGAUCAACAAUGGGACAGUGAAUACAGAGUUAAGAAAAAGAAGAGAAAGUUUUGUAUUAAUAAGAGACGCGGCCGAAGACAAAAUGAAAGAAAAAGACAUGAAAAGAAUGUACACGAAGAUGAGUGGGGAUCACAUCGUAUAAAAGAUGUGCCAAUCGCUUGCCCGGAUUCUUAUCGAUCCCAUGAAGACUAUAACAUCCAUUAUCCCAAGCAAUCUUAUCGCAAAGUGCCUUGGCUUCCAGAAUGUGAUUUUGACACAUGAUGAAUCGCGAUGCGUGUAAGGAAAAACGUUACGAGGAAUGCCAAAGAGCAAUUACACGUGUAAUUUAGAUGUAUGUAAGAGAGAAGUUUGUAUAAAUAUUUUAGACUUAACUUCGAAUUUUAAGAAUGUGUAAACUUUUUCAAAACACAUUUAACACACAAUUAUUCCUAUUAAAUAGGAAUUAUUAUUAAAUUAUUUUAUAUUAAUGUUAAAUAUCUAUUGUAUUAAAGAGGGUAUAUGUUAUAAAUAAAUGUUACAUAUACUCGAUACCUAUAUGUAAAGAACUACAUGUACAUACGUCAUCAAUAUUCUGAAUCGGGUUUCUCAUAUUAUUCUACUCUCAUUUUUCACAUUUUAUUUAUGAAUUAACUCAAAUGUGAUUUAGUAAAUUCAAAUUUACAUCUCACAAAGCUACAAUAUGGUGCGAUCCACGUCACGAGCACAGAAGUCAUAUUUACAACAAAAUUGACAUGACACUUCAACUACAGGUUCAAAUCUGGUAAAGCUGUGUUGAAAUGUUAAUAAAUCACCUUUAUUAUAAACACAUACAGCUUCUAAUAACGAUUAUCGCAUAGUCGAAUGAUGCUCGCAGCAUUGGUACACUAAA